AUCAGCUGCGACGACGAGCGAGCCGACUGCCGCGGAAAGGCUGCCCCCCUUUCCUCCGUUAUCUCCCUCUCCCCACAUCAAAAUCCUUUCAAUAAUCAUAAUUUCGCACUCUCUCCCGCGUCUCUGAAUACUUCCAGCCCGUGUUCAGUGACAUCGCAGGUACAUUUCCCGCUCGACGUGGAAAAACCCCCCUGCGGGACACCAGCGUCAAGUGACUCCCAAGUUCCGAGCCGUCCUGCGUGAGGGAUGUGCGGACCGCUGGGCAGCAAGGAGCCGCUGCUUGGAUGAACGCGACGACGACCGGCAGCCAAGGUGUCGUCGCCGCCGCCGCCGCCGCCGCCCAAAUGGAGCAAAAUACCGGAGCGGUGGACGCCCGUCCCCGCCAAGCGCCCGACGCCAAGACGAGGCCCGAUCCGCAAGGGGCGAGCCGUCCCCGCAAAGCCGGCGACGGAACGGCGUCGCCGGCCAAGAAAGCCAGCGCCCCGACCACAAGGGAGGCCGCCCCACGGCCCGGCAGAGAUGCGAUGACGUCGGAGGAGAGGCGGCAACUGGCCAAGGAGCGGCGAGAGGAAAAAGCCAAAUAUCUGGAAGAGCUCGGCAAGCUUCAAGCGGCUAAGAAGAGCCAGUGGCUGGAGAAGGAGGAGCGGGCGCGACGGCUGCGGGAGCGGCAGCUGGAGGAGCGGCGCAGGAGGCUGGAGGAACAACGCGUGCUGGCGGAGAAACGCCGCGCCGCCCUGGAGGAGCGCCAGAAGCACAAGCUGGAGAAGAACAAGGAACGCUACGAGGCGGCCAUCCGCCGCUCCGCCAACAAGACGUGGGCCCAAAUCCGCCAACAGAGGUCCUCUUGGCCCGCCGACCACAAGGAGAGCAGAUGCUCUCUCUCCGCCGUCAACCUGCCCAAACACGUGGACUCGGUCAUAAACAAGCGACUGUCCAAGUCCUCGGCCACGCUGUGGAACUCCCCCAGCAGAAGCCGUCACGUCGCCCUGAAGCCGUGGGAGAGCAGCGUCGUGGAGCGCCUGAUGACGCCCACCUUGUCUUUCCUGGCUCGGAGCCGCAGCGCCGCCAGCGUACUCGCCAACGGCAAAGAUGGCCAGUUGUCGCUGUGCCCCCGCUCGUCCUCCGCCGGCCCCUUGACGCUGUGCGCCCACCAGCCCCACCACCGCCGCCUCCACUGCGCCGAACGCUGGCGGGUGACGUCCAGCACGCCCGACAUCGCCCAGCGCCCGCACAGACGGAGCUCCACGCCGAUGGAGCGCGGCAGAAAGGAGAAGAAAGACAAGGAGCGGGAGAACGAGAAAGAGAAAAAUGCCCUGACGAAGGAGAGGCUCCUCAAGAAGAGGCAAUCGCUUCCCAGCAUGAGACGCACAGCAGACCUCAGUCCGCUAUCGAGAGCGCGGCCGUCGUCGCCCUGCGCACCCAAGGACAGGACGGCCUCGCCGAGUCCCGCCGCCUCCCCGAAGCCUCCCUCGGCCCGCGGCGGCCCGUCGACCCCUCGGGGACGGCCCGGGAGGGCAAGGACCCCCGCCGGGGUGGACCGCCGCACUCCCUCCCCCGUCCGGCCGGGGAGAGCGAGGCCGCGCCGCACGCCGCCCACCCUUGAAAACGGCAGUCGGCGUUCUCCCGCUCCCGUUAGCCCGUCGGUGUCGACCGGCGACAUCUCGGCCUCGCCGUCCGUCAAGAACGCGCCCUCGCCGCCGUCGCCCAAGCCUACGGCCGGCACCAACGACCCCGAGGAGGCGGCCCGCGUCCUGGCCGAGAAACGCCGGCAGGCUCGCCAGCGACGGGAGCGAGAGGAGGAGGAGCGCCGCGAGCGGGACGAGAAGGACGGGAUUGUGAGAGGAGAGCCCCUGGCGAGGGAGGAGGAGGCGCGCGCCCACGCCCAAGAGCAGCAACGGAGAACGAAGGAGGAGGAGGAAGAGGAAGAGGCGGCUCGGGAGAGGGCCCAGGCUGACCACAUCCACCUGCAAAAGCAGAAAGGCGAAGCCGAGGCGAAAGCCCGCGAGGAGGCCGAGAAGCAGCGUCUGGAGAGGGAGAAGCACUUCCAGCAGGAGGAGCGAGAGAGGCUGCAGAGGAAAAAGCGCCUGGAAGAGAUCAUGAAGAGGACGCGCAAAUCGGACGCCAGCGACAAGGAGAAAACAUCACCGCUGCCGCAGCUGCGUCCGCUCGGCGAGAAAGAGGAGGAGAGCGGCAAAGGUGGUGCUGUUGCAGAUUGCCAGAUAGUCAACGUGCACAACAACAACAACAACAGGAUGGAACACGGACACGGCAGACAAAGCCCCGCGGGCCGGACUCGGCUCAACGGCGUCCGCGAGCGCAACGGCCACUCGGCGGAGGGCGUGGUCAUCGCCGCCACCCAGGGCGGCGGGGACGCCGGCGACAUCUUGGACUUCCACGGCGGCGACGACGCCUACGUGAAGAAAGCGGCGGCGCCGCUGAAAACGCAACACGUCGCAGAAGUGCUGUGACGCGGCGGUCGCGUCUUUGACUGACCGGCGGCGCCCUGCCGACAGCCGUCGGUGUCCGGCCCCUUUCACACACCCUGGGGGAAAAUUGCAACGAUAUCAAAACGCAG